CCUACCAACUUCCAAAGUCCUUUAUUCUUUAUAGAGUACCGCAUCUAACCAACCCAGACAAUGACACCACGACUUCUCCGCAUCGCAAUCCUCGAGUGUGAUACCCCGCCCCCCGGCGUCCAAAAAACUCACGGCACCUAUGGCGGCCUCUUCACAUCUCUCCUCCACGACGCAGCAUCCUCUCUCAGUCCUCCCCUCCCCGGAUCCGACCUCAUCAUCUCGGCCUACGAUGUCGUGAAGGAGAUAUACCCCCCCUCACUCGACGACUUCGACGGCAUCCUGAUGACCGGCUCGAAGCACAACUCCUUCGAGAGCGACCCCUGGAUCCUCAAGCUCGUUGAGUACACGAAGAAGGUCCUGGCUCAGGAUAAGGUGCGGAUGGUUGGCGUCUGUUUUGGGCAUCAGAUCGUGGGGCGUGCGCUUGGCGCGCCGGUGGGCCGUAGUGAGAAGGGUUGGGAGCUUAGUGUUACGGAUUUAACACUCACGCCGGCGGGGAAGGAGAUAUUUGGACAGGAGAAACUGGCAAUUCACCAGCUACAUCGCGAUGUAGUCGCCGCCUACCCCGAGGGGGUCGAACCGCUUGCACAUACCGACCGGUGCGUCAACCAUGCGAUGUAUAUACCACGCCGUGUAAUUACUAUUCAAGGGCACCCAGAGUACACAGGCGGGAUCCUUGGGGAGAUACUGGUAGCCCGCAACGCGAGCGGCAUAAUUGACGACGUGUCGUUCAAAGAUGCGAUGGCGAGAUUGGAAAAUAAGCAAGACGGUGUAUUGGUGGCGAGGGCGUUCUUGAGAUUUUUGCUAGAAUGAAUGACGAGGGGUUUGAGGAGAGAGUAUAAGUUAAAUGUUGGCGAAGCAUACAUAGCGUUGCAGUUGAUAUCUACUGUAGAUAAUAGAAAUUAGAGCGUCACUCAGCUUCGAAUUAAGUCUUGAAACCAGA